GGGGGGGGGGGGGUUGGAAGUGCGUUGGAGCCGGCGAGGAAGGAGAGGGAAAGACGGGAAGAUGGGAGUAAGAGCAAGGUGUUGCAGUCAGUGAUCAAAAUAGCACUCAAUGGUAAGAUGUAUAAUGCAUAUUGACCUCACUGCGAUACCUAAACACUUCCUGAAUCGAAAGAGUGUUCAAAAUGGAGGCCUAAGGGGAAGUGAGGCGAAAGACUUUUCCUCGGGUUGAUUGCCUCAAGUGAGGCUUCACUGAAGCUACUUUGUGGCAUGCGUUGCAAACCUCAGGCAGUGAGUCAGACUCUUGGGGGGUGCCCUGAACUCAGAUUGAAUGACUUCGCUUCUCCUAUGUGGCAAACGCCACUCUUACUCACGCUGUGUUCGAAAGCUCGUAUCCAAGCUGGUCGUCGGCAGGUGCGGCCCGGUGAGUUGGUCGCUGGGUACCUGCACAAUGACGUUGCCGCAGAUAUGUUACGAAUAAGAUCUAAGGUGUUCUGCGUUGAGACCGGAGGAAAGUAAAGCGAAGAACCUUGUUGAGGCUCUUCUGCAACAGGUGUUGCAGGUCCCAAUUUGCGACUCAGUCGUGUGUAUCAAUACAAAGUCAAUCCCAGUCGCCCCGUCCUCACGUAGGUGGCAAACGCAUGGCUCUUACUCGUUUGGCUUUGAAACCCUACUUCCAAGUUCGAAGAUUCGAAGAUUCGAUAGUAGUCGGCAAGUGGGGCCUUGGGUAGGAUUCAACGGGUACCUGCAUAUGACAUUGCCGCUGUGGCAAAAUGAAUGAAGAUGAAACAUUAAAUUAAGGGGUUCGUGGUGGCGAUGAAGGCAACUUACCCGAUGGUGUGUACCACGACACGUCUGACAAAGUAGGUUUCGAGGAGGCCUUACGCGGAUCUUCCGUUGAGUGUUAGGUUCCCAAUUGUCGAGUCGCACUCUACUGCCGAGCGGUUCAUUCGUGAUGUUUAUUCGAUCCUACGAAC